AUGCCCCCAAAAGAGCUUAGGAAAUACUUCCUGAUGGGUACCAGGUAUCAAUUACACGGCCAACCGUCUAGCCAGUGUGUAAUUGUUGGACAGAAAACUUUUUGGACCAAGAUGCCAGUUUGUGAAGAAAUCACCUGCCCACCACCCCCUGUUAUCUACAAUGGAGCACACACAGGGAGUUCCUCAGAAGAUGUUCUAUAUGGAACCACAGUCACGUACACAUGUAACCCCGGGCCAGAGAGAGAAGUGGAUUUCAUCCUCAUUGGGGAGAGCACCAUCCAUUGUACAAGCAACGAUCAAGAGACAGGCAUCUGGAGUGGCCCUGCUCCUCUCUGUAAACUCUCCCUCCCUGUUGUUCAGUGCUCACAUGUCCACAUUGCAAAUGGAUACAAGAUAUUUGGCAAGGAAGCCCCAUAUUUCUACAAUGACACUGUGACAUUCAAGUGUGAUAAUGGAUUUACUUUGAAUGGCAGAAGUCAGGUUCGUUGCAAAGCCAAUAACACCUGGGAUCCUGAAUUACCAGUUUGUGAAAAAGGUAAAAACCCUAUGGGGAGCAAAAUCAAGAAUUGGGGUUUUAACUUGCUGUCCCUUUUCCCAGGUAUUCCUUGUGGGCCACCCCCAGCCAUCGCCAACGGAGACUUUGUCAGCACCAACAGAGAAUAUUUUCCAUAUGGAACGGUGGUGACCUACCGUUGCAACCUUGGAGAGAGAAAGAGGAAGCUGUUUGACCUCGUGGGUGAGCCGUCCAUAUACUGCACCAACGAAGACAAUCAAGUUGGCAUCUGGAGUGGCCCUCCCCCUCGCUGCAUUAUACCUAAUAAGUGCACGCGUCCAGAAGUUGAAAAUGGCAUCAUGAUGUCUGAGAACAGAAGCUUAUUCUCCUUACAUGAAAUGGUGAGGUUUACUUGUCAGCCUGGCUUUACCAUGAAAGGACCCUCCACUGUUCAUUGCCUAGGCCAAGACCAGUGGGUGCCGGAGCUGCCCAGCUGCUCCAGGGUAUGUCAGCCACCUCCCCAAAUCCUGUAUGGUCAUCACAGCACAAACGACAAGGAUGACUUUUCCGCUGGGCAGAAAGUGUUCUAUAGCUGUGAGCCUGGCUAUGAUCUCAGAGGGGCUGCUUCUCUGCGCUGUAUGCCCCAGGGAGACUGGAGCCCGGCAGCCUCCACGUGUGCAGUAAAAUCAUGUGCUUCCUUGUUGGACCAGCUCCCUAAUGGCCGAGUGCUAGUUCCAGUUAAUCUCCAGCUUGGGGCAAAAGUGUCCUUCAUUUGUGAUGAGGGAUUCCAGUUAAAAGGCAGUUCUGCUAGUUACUGUGUCUCGGUUGGAACGGAAAGCCUUUGGAACAGCAGUGCUCCUGUGUGUGAGCAAAUUUUGUGUCCAAAUCCUCCAGACAUCCUUAACGGGAGACACACAGGAAUCCCUCUGGAAGUCUUUCCUUUUGGAACAGAAGUGACUUACAUGUGUGACUUGCACCCAGAGACGAGGGUGAUCUUCAGCCUCACUGGGGAGAGCACCAUCCGCUGCACCAGUGAUGGUCAUGGGAACGGGAUUUGGAGCAGCCCUGCCCCUCGCUGUGAACUUCCUGGUUGCUGUACCGCCCCAGAUCCUUUUCAGUUUGCCAAAUUGAAAAUCCCAACCAAUGAAUCUAAGUUUCCCAUUGGGACUUCUUUAAAGUAUGAAUGCUGCCCUGAGUACCGGAGGUACUCAUUGUCUAUCACGUGUCUAGCAAACCUCUCGUGGUCCAGUGUCAAAGAUGUCUGUAAAUGUGAAAAUUGGAGUUUUAACUUGCUGUCCCUUUUCCCAUGUAUUCUUUGUGGACCACCCCCAGCCAUCGCCAAUGGAGGGUUUAUUAGCACCAAUAGAAAAUAUUUUCCAUACAGAACAGUGGUGACCUACCGCUGCAACCUUGGAGAGAGAGGGAUAAAUCUGUUUUACCUCAUGGGUGAGCCAUCCAUAUACUGCACCAGCGAAGACAAUCAAGUUGGCAUCUGGCGCGGCCCUCCCCCUCGCUGCAUUAUUAACAAGUGCACGCCUCCAGAAGUUGAAAACGGCAUUAGGAUGCCCGAGAACAGAAGCUUAUUCUUUUUACAUGAAAUGGUGAGGUUUACGUGUCAGCCUGGCUUUGCCAUGAAAGGACCCUCCACUGUUCAAUGCCAAGUUCCAAACCA